UCCAUCUUCUGUGCUUGCACGGCUCGCCACUCGGAAAGAGGCGACCACGCGUCUCCGCCCCCACCAUGGAUCCGCAGGAGGAUGGCUUCUUCUACUCACACCAUGGCGCGUGCCAUGCCGAUUCCAGUCAAGGGACGGAAUGUAAAGCCCAGAGUUCGAUUACCGCUCGCAAGGUUCACAAGGCUGACUGUGAGAGAAUGCGACGAGACAAAUUGAAUGAGCAGUUCAUGGAAUUGGGAACCACACUUGACCCAGAUCGGCCCAGGCAUGAUAAGGCUACUAUUCUUGGUGAUACAGUUCAGAUGCUCAAGGAUUUGACUUCUCAAGUAAACAAGCUUAAAGCUGAAUACUCUUCUCUCUUUGAAGAAGAAUGUGAGUUGACUAAAGAAAAAAAUGAGCUUCGGAGUGAAAAAGCUUCGCUGAAGUCUGAUGUUGAUAAUUUGAACAACCACUAUCAGCAACGUAUUCAAAUGUUAUACCCGUGCACUACAAUGGAGCCUUCUGUACUCAUUGGGCCACCUCCAUCAUAUCCCUUCUCGCUCCAAGUUCCUAUACCCGCUGGUGCUGUAACUAUGCAUCCACAGCUUCAGCCAUGCCCCUUCUUCCAAAAUCAAACUUUAGGAGCCAUCUCGAAUCCAUGUACUCCUUACAUGGCAUAUAGUCAAUCCUGUCAUGCUCCUAGUGAUCAACCAUCUAGCCAGUUCAGUACUCCAGUUCUGCUUUCAAGUAGUAAUCGAUCCCACUCUCCUGCACAAGGCUGUAGAAGCAAGUCACCUUCACUUCAGCAAGCAAGCUGUGGAGGGAGAAAUGAUGAUUUUGGUGAUGUUGCAACUGACUUGGAACUAAAAACUACUGGUUCCUCAGCUCCUUCACAUUCAGAGAUCACUAACAAGGAUUCCUCUUCUGACUUGAAAAUGAAGAAGCAAUGCAUAAAGUUAAUUAAUGGUAGUACUCUUAUUGAAGACAGCAGUUCAAGCAGAUGUUCUUCUAGUCCCCCC